CUCUUGAAGAUAGCACGAAACACCAUCAUUACUUGCACGAUUACCAAACACAGCACUCAGUUGCAGUUGGCCAGAUUCACUGCUCUUAGAGCUCUUGCUUCCUUCCUUGCCUUCCUCUUAUCCAUCAAUGGCAGCCAAAAAUGGUCAAUCCCUCACGGCACCGCCGCCUCGUCCCACCAUCACUCUCCCGCCGCGACCUCCCAUGGAGGCCUUCUUCACCGGAGGACCCGGCCUGAGCCCCGGCCCCAUGACUCUCGUCGCUAGCUUCUUCUCCGACGGUUACCCUGACUCCGAUUGCCGCUCUUUCUCUCAGCUGCUCGCCGGAGCUAUGGCUUCGCCGCUUGCUUUCGGCGCCAGGCCUGGCUUCCUUCCGGACAAUACUUGUGAGGAUGGAGCAACGAAGAAUUUGGGGCUCAAGCAGAGUCGACCGAUGAAUUUGGUCGUUUCUCGUUCCCCAUUGUUUACAAUCCCGCCUGGGCUUAGCCCUUCUGGCUUGCUUAAUUCUCCAGGCUUCUUUUCGCCGCAGAGCCCCUUUGGGAUUUCCCACCAACAGGCUCUAGCACAGGUUACAGCUCAAGCUGUCCUAGCACAAUCACAAAUGCACGUGCAAGCUGAUUUUCAACCUUCUGCUGUAACAGCCCCUGCGGAACCAUUGGCAGUGCAGCCAUUCUGUACUGCAGGUGAAGGAUCAGAGCUGCAAGUGGCACCAUCAGUUUUGGAACCUCAAGGUGCCCAACUGGAAAUAUCUGAAAUUUCUCACUCUGAUAACAAAAAUCAACCUUCAUCUACGGGUGUUGACAAACCAGCAGAUGAUGGCUAUAACUGGCGUAAGUAUGGGCAGAAGCAGGUUAAGGGGAGUGAGUAUCCCCGGAGCUACUACAAGUGUACACAUCUGAAUUGCCCUGUAAAGAAAAAGGUUGAGCGUGCCACCGAUGGCCAUAUCACUGAAAUUACAUACAAAGGCCAGCAUAACCAUGAAAUGCCUCAGCCAAACAGACGUGCUGCCAAAGAUAAUUGCGAAUCAAAUGAAAGUAAAAGCAUUCAAGUUAUGUCUGUGUCAAAUACACAGGGUUGGGUUGGAAAUUCAAAUGUUUUAUCUGAAAGCAUGCCUGACCAUUCAAUGCCUGUGAGUGACCAGAACUCCAAUCAAGAGGCUCCCAGACAGUUACCUGGAUCAGGUGAGAGUGAGGAAGCACUUGAUGCAAAUAUUACAGAAGAAGAUGGAGAUGUUGGCGAGCCAAACCCAAAAAGGAGGAGUACUGAGGUUGGAGCUUCUGAAGCUUCUUUGUCCCACAAGACUGUUACAGAACCUAAAAUCAUUGUGCAAACAAGAAGCGAAGUUGAUCUGUUAGAUGAUGGCUACAGGUGGCGCAAGUAUGGGCAGAAAGUAGUGAAGGGAAAUCCUCAUCCAAGGAGUUAUUACAAAUGCACUAGUACAGGAUGUAAUGUGCGUAAGCAUGUUGAGAGAUCUUCAACAGACCCUAAAGCUGUCAUAACAACGUAUGAAGGAAAACAUGACCAUGAUGUCCCUGCUUCUAGAAAUAGCAGCCACACCACUGCUACUACCAAUUCAACGCCUUUAAAACCUCAUAAGGUGAUUCCUGGGAAGCAUCCUUUGCUUAAAGAUAUGGAUUUUGGAAACAAUGAGCAAAGACCGGCUGUUUUACGCUUAAAAGAAGAGCAAAAAAGAUUAUAAAUAUAAUACUAAUAUCAGUUAAGCAACUUUUUUGAGUUAGAGAACUGGCCAGGUGCAUGGUGGCGUUGUCUAGAAAUUGAAAAUGUGAAGGCUUCUUGAAGAUAGUUGACCAUGGUUGGCGCUUGUAUUUUGUUCCCUAGGUUCUCUUUAUUUUGACACUUUUGUAAAUGAAGUUAUGGACCUUCUUGUUGUAUAUGACAGAUCAUUAGAACUUAUAAAUAGACAUAUAGUUAGUCUCACUUGCAAAGGCAGUUGUGAUUGGAGUCGUCGUGUAUAGAACUGAAGAAUUAUGUUGGUUCUUCUCAUGAAAUUUCCUCGACAAUUAA